GACUAGCCUGGCCAAAGAUGACUCCUCUGGUGAUGUGGCUUUUAUGUUACCCCUUAUCCGUUGCCACUCCUGUUAACUCGAGCCCUGACCCAGCCUGUUCCCUGCUGGGCAACUUUGAGCCCAAUUUCUACGCUGAUGGAGACUUCAUCAUUGGAGGAAUUUUCCCCAUGCAUUACAGAGUUGAGCCACCAAACCAGAACUUCACUUACAAACCAGCUACUCCACAAUGUCAGGGAUUAAACCCCAGAUCUUUCCGCUGGGCCCAGACCAUGAGGCUGGCUGUUGAGGAGAUCAACCAGAGUCAGAACCUGCUGCCUAACUUCACUCUGGGAUACAAGAUCUUUGACUCCUGUGUUACAGAGGUAGCAGCACAAAGGGCAGCUCUGGCAGUUCUGAAUGGACCUGGUUUAGCCCAGAGUGCUGUGUGUUCUGGCACUGCUCCUGUUUUGGCUGUUGUUGGAAAUGCUGGGACUCAUGUCUCCAGAACUUUGCAGCCCUUCAGAAUUCCAAUGAUAAGUUAUUCUUCAACGUGUUCCUGUCUUAGCAACAGGAAAGAAUUCCCAACAUUUUUUAGAGUAAUUCCUAACGACGACUACCAGAUAAAAGCCAUUGCAAGCCUACUGCUCCGAUUUGGUUGGACUUGGGUUGGUGUUGUCAGUGAAGAUAAUGAUUAUGGGAGAUUUGCUUUACAGGACCUGUUGAAGAAAAUAAAAAACACUGGUGUGUGUUUGGCCUACCAGAAAAUAAUUCCCAAAGUGUACAGUCGUGAAGGAAUCCUUGAAAUCCUUGAUGUGAUGAAGCACUCCACUGCAAGAAUUGUUAUCAGCUUCGCCGCUGAAGGGGAGCUCUACCCCUUGUUUAAAGAGUACAUGGAUCAGAACAUCACUGGCAUCCAGUGGAUUGCCAGUGAAGCCUGGGUAACAGCAUCAGUAUUCACAGGCAGUGAGUUCUACCCAUUUCUAGGUGGCACCAUUGGUUUCGCCGUCAGGCAGGGGCAGAUUCCUGGUCUUAGAGACUACCUGAUGAAUGUAAACCCAUUGAGGUACCCCAGUAACCAGCUGGUGCACGAGCUGUGGGGUGCCUUGUAUGGUUGCUCUCUCUACCCCUCCAGCAACAGGACCCAGGCCUCCUCCCAGCUGCCCCCCUGUUCAGGGCUGGAGCCCCUGCAGGAGCAGCACUCUGCCUACCUGAACACCUCCAGCCCUCGUAUUUCCUACAACGUGUACAAAGCUGUGUACGCCAUCGCUCACUCCCUGCACAACCUCAUCAGUUGUAAGCCUGAGAAAGGGCCCUUCCACAACUCCUCAUGUGCUGAUGCCACAAACAUUCAACCAUGGCACGUUCAGCAGUAUCUUCAAGAUGUUGUCUUCACUAUUUCUGGAGAAGGUGUUGAUUUUGAUGCAAAUGGAGAUUCAAUUCCUUCAUAUGAUCUGAUCAAUUGGCAAAGAGGAGCAGCUGGAAAUAUUGAGUUUGUCAAUGUUGGUCUGUAUGACGUUGCAAAGGACAUUGGGAAACAGCUAUUUAUCCAGGAGGAGGGGAUCAUAUGGACUGGCCAUCAAACUGAGGUGUUGUUGUCUGUGUGCAGUGAGAGCUGUGCUCCAGGAGGCAGGAAGGCUGUCCGUCAUGGGGAGCCUCUGUGCUGCUUUGAUUGUGUACCAUGUGACGACGGCAAGAUUAGCAUUGAGAGGGAUUCAAUAGAUUGCGCAUCUUGUCCUGAAGAUUACUGGUCCAAUGCAGCCAGAACUGAAUGCAUACCCAAAGCGAUUGAGUACCUCUCCCAUGAUGCAAUGGGACUGACCCUGACUGUCAUAGCUGUAGUCGGAGCCUGCCUCACCAUCGCUGUUCUGGCAGUAUUCCUCUACCACAGGAACACUCCGAUUGUCAAAGUCAACAACUCAGAGCUGAGCUUCUUCAUCUUGCUCUCUCUGACUCUGUGUUUCCUGUGUGCGCUGGUGUUCAUUGGAGAGCCAACAUCAUGGUCCUGCAUGCUGCGCCACACUGCCUUCAGCAUCACUUUCUCACUCUGCAUCUCCUGUAUCCUGGGGAAGACUCUGGUGGUGCUGGCUGCCUUUACAGCCACCAGGCCUGGAAACAACCUAAUGAAAUGGCUGGGACCCAAACAGCAGAGAUUCAUCAUCUCUGCCUGCACCUUUAUACAAGUGAUAAUCUGUGCAGUGUGGUUGAUCACUGCUCCUCCUUUCCCAAAUAAAAACAAUCAGUACCACCGGGCCAGAAUAAUCCUGGAGUGUAGCGUGGGUUCGGAACAGGCCUUCUGGUUUGUUCUGGGAUACGUUGGUCUCCUGGCUGCUCUGUGUUUUAUUCUGGCCUUUCUGGCCAGGAAACUGCCAGGCAAUUUUAAUGAAGCCAAAUACAUCACCUUCAGCAUGCUGAUCUUCUGUGCAGUGUGGCUUGCCUUUGUACCAGCUUAUGUCAGCUCACCUGGAAAGUUCACCGUUGCUGUGGAGAUAUUUGCAAUUCUAUCAUCUAGUUUUGGCUUACUGCUUUGCUUAUUUGCUCCAAAAUGCUACAUCAUUUUAUUGAAGCCACAGAAAAACACAAAACACCAUCUGAUGGGAAAAGUUUUUACCUAAUAAAACAAUGAUGUUUUCUGUAAUAAAUCUAGCUGUAUUCCAUACUUGGAUUCAGUGAUACACAUUCAGAUAUUGCUGUGGUAUUGUUUCCUACUAAGCACUAUAAAUAUGAACACAGCAACAAGGUUCCUUGAUGGUUUUUAACUGCAUUUACAGUGCCUUUGAAGGAGCUCAAAACCUGUAUGUGAGGUUUGGGACAGGGGGGUGGGGGCAGAACCUCAGAUUACACCAAUGUUCCAAUCAUGCAGCAGCAGCCAAAUUGCACCUGAACAGUCACAGAUGUUUUUAUUUAUGUAUUUUGUUAGGCAAAACAGAGGUAACUGAUAUUACAAUACUUACCCUUCAAAAUACAAACUAAAUCAAUAUGAUUCAAAGAUUGUGAAAAGGUCCUCAAGAGGACCUGUGCCCCUGUGUAUGUGCGUGCCUCUGUGUGUAUGUGGCUGUGAAAAAAACCACAAAAAAAACACCAUACUUCACACUGCCAAAAAAAGCAUAACGACAGCUUACAUCCUGUGGGACUUUAAAUUCUAGAGCCAUUUCAGAAGCAAAAUGGCAGCAGAAAAACCAACACUUGCUAUCAUGUUCAAAAUUAACCCUAGAAGGGAAUUUGUAGUUUGGAAUUUUAAAACCACGAGGCCACUGGAUUUGAAACUGAGACAUUUUGGCACAUACAGCAUUUUGAGAGAACAUAUUUGAUGAAAUGUUGCAUCUUAUUGCAAUAUAUACAAGCAAAUGAAUAUAUUUGUCUUACUGUAUGAAUAUGACUAAAUAUUGGUACAUGUUGUUGAAGAAAAAAGAUAACCCCACCCUGCACUGACGAUGUGAGGGAAGCGGCUAAUUUUUGACAUCAUAAUAAAGCAACUGACUUAUUUUCAGGCAAAUUAGUGAUUUAUGUGUUGUUAUUUGAUUAUACUGUAGCAUUUAUGCAGUGUUGGGGGAGCUACUUUGCAAGCUACCAACUGCUUCACACUGGAAGAAGUUGAACUACAGCAAAGCUACCCUAGGGAGAAAUCUAGUUUGGUUAAGUAAAGCUACUCAGAAAAUUUAGUUCAAAGUACUUCGUAAAAAAAAAAUAUAUAUAUGUGAUACGAAAUUAGAACAAAAUAUAAUACAAAAAAGUCACAUACCAGCAAAAAAUGCCACUCAAUUGAGUUUAUGGCAAAAAGUGCCCACUUGUUCAUAGGUCAUACAUAAACCAAAAAAAUAAAAUACCCCACUAUUCAUGGGAAUGUGCAAGGAAUGUCAGUUUUGGUUUUGUAUACAAUGUCCAUCAGUCAGACACCUGCCUUCCAGAAACUAGAGUCCAGGUGGGAGUAUUGCACCAAGCACGAUUACUCAGCCAGGUAACUUCUAAUAUAGAAUAGUAUGGCAUUUGGUCCAUAGAAGAUGAU